UUCUCACGUUACAGUCUUACAGCUUACGCCAUUAGCUUGUGAAUAGUUCAAAUAUGUAUUAAGGCAAAGCUCCAUACAAACAUCAGACUACACAUUACCGGAAUAAUCAUUUCUUGCACCGUCGUUGUACAUUCCGCUGAUAAAGAAUAGAAGGCCUUUAGUCACUGUGAGGAACCCAUCACCAGAUGAACGCCCCUCCUAAUCUACUGUAGUUUGUUUGACUCUGCUGAAGAAGAUGGUCGCUCUCCUCAUCCUCAGACUGCCACACUGAUCACCUUCACAGCACCACAAACACACAAUGGAGAGGAAACGCCGAAAGAAAUGAAAACUCAAGCCAUGUGUUAUUCAGGCUUCUCUGCGUUUUGGACCUAAACCAUUUCAAAACUAAAACACGUUUGUUACCUUUGAGGACACUGACCGCAGGGAUCAUGAUCGUACGGCUGUGCUUGCUUUUGGCCUUUUUAGGGGCUGGAUUUCCUCUGGUGGGCACAGAAAAAGACAGUGGACCAUUUUUAACCCCUUUUCCUCCUCCUCCUCUAAAUGCUGAUGCACACUUAAGCCCAAACUGCUCACAGCUCACGCUAAAACUGGACUUCUCAACCCAAGUGGUCAAGCAUGAGUACAUCGUUGCAUUUAAUGGAUACUUCACAGCUAAAGCACGCAGUGAUUUCAUCAGCAGCGCCCUGCGGGAUGUAGAUGCGGUGAAAUGGCGCAUCGUACGGCGGGACAAUCCUGCCAGCGAUUACCCCAGUGAUUUUGAGGUGGUGGAGAUCAAGCAGGACACCCGCAACAGCCUGCUCACCCUCCAGGACCACCCCUAUAUCAAACGUGUGACGCCCCAGCGCAUGGUCCUCCGCAGUCUCAAAUUCACAGACUCUGGCACUGAUGGGGCAUCCCCAUGCAAUGACACACGCUGGGUGCAGAAGUGGCAGUCGUGGCAGUCAUCAAGGCCACUCAGGAGGACUAGUCUGUCUCUGAGCUCUGGUUUCUGGCACGCCACAGGAAGACACUCCAGUCGGCGUCUCCUGCGGGCCAUCCCUAGACAUGUCGCCCAGAUACUGCAAGCAGAUGUGCUCUGGCAGAUGGGACACACUGGCUCCGGAGUGAAGGUAGCAGUAUUUGACACUGGUCUGAGUGAGAGGCAUCCUCACUUUAAAAAUGUUAAAGAAAGAACCAACUGGACCAACGAGAAAACGCUGGAUGAUGGGUUGGGUCAUGGCACAUUUGUUGCUGGAGUGAUUGCCAGUAUGAGAGAGUGUCAGGGCUUCGCUCCUGAUUCUGAGCUACAUAUCUUCAGAGUUUUCACUAAUAAUCAGGUUUCAUACACCUCCUGGUUCUUGGAUGCCUUUAACUAUGCUAUCCUGAAGAAGAUAGACGUUUUAAAUCUCAGCAUAGGGGGACCAGAUUUUAUGGACCAUCCUUUCGUUGAUAAGGUUUGGGAGCUCACAGCCAACAAGGUGAUUAUGGUGUCUGCUAUUGGCAAUGAUGGCCCACUUUAUGGAACUCUAAACAAUCCAGCUGAUCAGAUGGAUGUUAUAGGUGUUGGAGGGAUUGAUUUUGAGGACAACAUUGCCAGGUUUUCAUCCAGGGGCAUGACAACAUGGGAGCUGCCGGGGGGCUAUGGCAGGGUGAAGCCUGACAUUGUGACGUACGGCUCUGGUGUGCGCGGUUCGGGAUUGAAAGAGGGCUGUCGAUCUCUCUCUGGCACUAGUGUUGCAUCACCUGUAGUAGCAGGAGCUGUCACACUGCUGGCCAGCACUGUGUUGAACAGAGAGUUGGUGAAUCCGGCCAGUAUGAAGCAGGCCCUGAUCGCCUCGGCUCGCAGGCUCCCUGGCGUCAACAUGUUUGAGCAGGGCCAUGGCAAACUCGAUUUACUCAGAGCCUAUCAGAUCCUUAACAGCUACAAGCCGCAAGCCAGCCUGAGUCCAAGCUACAUCGAUCUGACCGAAUGCCCGUACAUGUGGCCCUACUGCUCUCAGCCCAUUUACUACGGAGGCAUGCCAACAAUUGUCAACGUGACCAUUCUUAAUGGUAUGGGCGUGACAGGACGGAUUGUAGAGAAGCCCAUCUGGCAGCCCUAUCUCCCUCAGAAUGGAGAUUAUGUGGACGUGGCGGUGUCUUACUCGCCUGUGCUCUGGCCCUGGGCCGGAUACCUGGCAGUUUCUAUAUCUGUGGCCAAAAAAGCAGCAUCUUGGGAAGGCAUCGCUCAGGGUCAUGUCAUGGUUACAGUGGCCUCCCCUGCAGAAAAUGACUCUGCAAUAGGUGGUGAAAUGACCUCCACGGUGAAGCUGCCAGUGAAAGUGAAGAUAGUCCCCACUCCUCCACGCAGUAAGAGGAUUCUGUGGGACCAAUACCACAACCUGCGCUACCCGCCUGGAUACUUCCCCCGAGAUAACCUGCGCAUGAAGAAUGAUCCGCUUGACUGGAAUGGUGACCAUAUUCAUACUAACUUCAGAGACAUGUAUCAGCACCUUCGCAGCAUGGGCUACUUUGUUGAGGUCUUGGGUGCACCAAUCACAUGCUUUGAUGCCAGUCAAUAUGGAACCUUGCUGAUGGUGGACAGCGAAGAGGAGUAUUUCCCAGAAGAGAUCACCAAGUUGAGGAGAGACAUUGAUAAUGGCCUGUCUCUCAUCAUCUUCAGUGACUGGUACAACACAUCAGUCAUGAGAAAAGUCAAGUUCUAUGAUGAAAACACCAGACAGUGGUGGAUGCCGGACACAGGGGGCGCUAAUGUGCCAGCUUUGAAUGACCUGAUCUCAGUGUGGGGAAUGGCCUUCAGUGAUGGCCUGUAUGAGGGAGACUUCACCUUAGCAGAUCAUGACAUGUAUUAUGCAUCUGGGUGCAGCAUUGCUCGUUUUCCCGAGGAUGGGAUUGUUAUCGCUCAGACAUUGAAAGAUCAAGGUCUGGAGGUCUUGAAGCAAGAGACUGCAGUGGUGGAAAAUGUGCCUGUGCUUGGACUGUACCAAACGCCCUCUGAUGGGGGAGGUCGCAUUGCACUCUAUGGAGACUCCAACUGCAUUGAUGAUAGUCACAGGCAGAAAGACUGUUUUUGGCUGCUGGAUGCUCUGCUUCAGUACACUUCCUACAGCAUGACUCCGCCCAGCCUCACCCACUCAAAAAACAGAAUGGUUCCCCCUACAGGCAUAGAGAGGCCAUUACCACAGAGAUUAGAAGGGAAUCACUUGUACCGUUACUCCAAAGUGCUGGAGGCUCAUCUGGGUGAUCCCAAGCCUCGUCCUCUUCCUGCAUGCCCUCAUCUGUCUUGGGCCAAACCUCAGCCACUAAAUGAGACUGCUCCUAGCAAUCUGUGGAAGCACCAGAAGCUUCUGUCAGUGGACAUGGACAAGGUUGUUCUGCCUAACGUCAGGCCUUAUCGGCCUCAGGUUAGACCCCUGUCUCCUGGCGAAAGUGGAGCCUGGGACAUUCCUGGAGGAAUAAUGCCUGGACGCUAUAAUCAAGAGGUGGGACAGACCAUCCCGAUGUUUGCCUUUCUUGGUGCCAUGGUUGUGCUUUCCUUCUUUGUAGUGCAAUUGACCAAAGCCAAGAGCAAACCCAAACGCAGGAAACCCAGAGUGAAACGGCCACUUUACCUUCAACAACAGCAACAGCAAACCCCUCACUCAGGCAAAAACCCCACCGUAUGAUCGGCCACAUCUGGACAAACCUAAUGGGGAAGGGUCUUCCCUGAGGUGUGUGUGAUACCGUAACCCCGUGAAAAUGAGAUUGUUGGACUCUUGUUGAGAAAAACCAGCAGCCACCUGAGCUCAGACGAGGGCUUUGCUUGGAGAUCAGUGUUCCUCUCCUGUCUUUAUUCAACACAUGCCUUUCAAUUCAGUGACCAAAUGGAGGAAUGUUUCCUUUUUUAAUUUAUUGAUGAUGAUGAUGAUUAAUUGACUGUUGACCUUUUGCUUUAUACGGCAAGUUCAGACAGACACCAGCCAUUCAGUUUCCUCGAUCAACUGGACUUGUUUCCUACACGUCCUCAUUUUUGUAUUCCGUCAGACUGUGUUUUUAUAAAAGCGUUGUGUGCUUGCGUCUUUUGUAAAUAGCCCAUCAUGAUUUCACUGUUGUUGGUGUGGAAUUAUCAAUGUUUUAAAUAUAUCUUAUCCGAUAUAAAGCAAGAAA